AGCGAUGCUGACAGCCUUGCAGAGAAAUAUCCGCGAGCUUCAGAUAGCGACUAGCCAGACGUUGGGCUUCAUAUGUCAUGACUUUAUGCUUUCAAUCGCCGGCACGAUCGUGGCCUUCAAGUACGGCCCGCUGAUGACGCUUGUCAUCACCGCCACGGUCCCCAUUGCCAUGUUCAUCAUGCGAGCCCUCAGCCAAAUGCUCGAAAAGGCGGUCCGGACUCAAAAGGAAAAGCAGGCAGUCGCCACUAAGCUAUCGGCCGCAGCCAUCACCGGUAUCGACCUGGUCAAAGUUUACAACUCGCACGAACACGAGCUCCACAACUUUCGGCUGGCGGCUAGAGAGGCGGGCAAGCACGCACGCGUCCAGACCAUGUGGAAUGCCCUACAGGCGGCAUUUAUAAAGAUUUACAUGGCAGUCGUCUUUCUGUCUGGCUUCUUCUUUGGUAUAUACCAGGUAGAUCGAGGCAACAUGAGUGCGGGGGACGUCAUCACCACCUUUUAUGCCGCCCUCAGCACCUUUGAGGGAGUUCAAGGUCUGGGACCGCAUAUAUUGAGCCUUGUCAGGGGCAUGCAGGCUAGCAAGGCGCUAAAAUCGGUGGUUUCGGACCGUGUCGUGGAGAUGGGUGGUGGUCGAAAGCCUAGAGUGUUUGAGGGGAGGAUCGAAGUCAAGAGUGUCAGCUUCGCUUAUCCCUCUAAUCCAGCGGUACAGGUCUUGAAGCCAACCUCAAUGACCUUCAAGCCCGGAAAAAUGACCUUUCUCGUCGGGCGGAGUGGCUCUGGUAAAAGUACCAUCACCAACCUGCUGGUCAAAUUCUACGAGCCCCUGAGCGGCGAGAUACUCCUAGAUGAGCAUCCCCUUCAGACACUAAGCUCCGAGUGGGUCCGAAAGAAUGUCACACUCGUGCAGCAGCAGAGCACACUCUUCAGCGACACUCUGUACGCAAACAUCGCCAUGAACUCGGAAAACGUCAGCCAGGACAAGGUCAAAGCAGCCUGCGAGAUGGCGCUGCUUCAGUCAACCAUUGCGGGUCUACCUCAGGGGCUAGAUACCCUCGUUGGCCCAGGUGGACAGAGCCUCAGCGGUGGACAGAGACAGAGGGUGGCCCUGGCUCGUGCACGCCUUCGUGAUACACCUGUGUUGAUACUAGAUGAGGUUACCAGUGGCCUGGAUCCCAAGUCGAAGCUGAUGAUCAUGGACGCAAUCCGAUAUUGGCGCAGUGGUAGGACAACGAUAGUUAUUACUCACGACGUGUCUCAAGUCGGGGAUGAUGAUUACGUCUAUGUCAUGGACAAGGCCGAGGUUCGCGAGGAGGGCCUCUGCAAACAACUUCUGAGCAGUCGAGAUGGCUACUUUUUGCAGCUACGGGCCCUGGCAGAGUCAGGGGCUGAUUCCAACGGCCCUGAAGGGGUCAUGACCCCAGAGGAUGACUUGUCCAGCCUAAGCUCAUCCGAGGACGAACUUGAUGUAGACAUGAGUGGGAAGUCUUUUUACAUCCCAGAGCCAAAGACUACAUCCUCUUUUGGCGCUUUGGGCAGGAUGUCUUUUGUCCCCAUUCCAGGCACGAACGGUCCCAUAUACCCGACCCCAAACCAGCCCGGCUCUGGUGCCUAUCUACAACUGCAUCGAAGCCCUCGUCACAGACACCGCGAACAAGGUCGGCCGAACAAUUGGCAAGACGCCGAGGUAUCCAAGCCGCGAAGAGGUAGUAUUGACUUGAUCCAGGCGCGCGGUCUUUCGGCCCUUGCAAACAGAUCGCCUGUGAAGCGUCCCUUGCCGCAAGGUGGUCGCAUUGGUGGUGUGCUGAGGCGGUUGUCGACGAGGUCGUCUCCUAUAGAAGAUGUGGAGAUGUCGCCUUUCAGGGACCAUGAUAAAGGAGUAAAGGAAGUGGUUAGGGAGAGGAUUAGAGAAGCAAUAGGGAAAGGGACGGGGGCUGGGAAAAGAGGUGUGACGAAAAGACAGGCGAGGAGAGGUAAGAAGGACGGGCCGGAUGAAGAGGCGACCAACACAACAGGACACAUGCCGGCAUAUCAGAUAUUAAAGACUGUCUGGCCGGCACUCGACACCAAACACCGCCUCUACGCCGUCGCGGCACUAUUUUGGUGCAUAGUAGCAGCAGGCUGCAGCCCCGUCUUUGCAUUUGUCUUCUCGAACCUGCUACAGGCAUUCUGGGCACAGGGAAGCAAGCUGGAGGCGGGAACCAAGUGGGCCAUCGUUCUUGGCUGCGUCGGCAUCCUCGACUUCACUGCCGUCUUCUUCACCUUCUUCCUGGCCGGUGCCGUCGCACAGGAGUGGGUAGACACCCUCAAGGUAGACGCCUUCUUCAGCAUCCUCUGCCAGCCACGUGCGUGGCACGACCGAAGCAAAAACUCGGCCGCUCGCGUUUGUGACGUCCUGGACCGCGGGGCCGACGAGAUGCGUACGAUUGUGGCCCAGUUUACCCCCAUCGCCCUCAUCGUCGUCAUCAUGGUCAGCUCGGCCAUCGUCUGGGCCAUGGUGAUCCUAUGGCAGCUGACGUUGGUUGCGUUGGCCGUCUUUCCGUUUGUUGGCCUCUGCGUCUUCUUCUCUACCCGGACUAGCGAGAAGUGGGAGGCCCUGUCCAACGAAUCGGCCGAGGCUACGGGGGGCAUUCUUUCCUCUGUGGUUUCCGACAUCCGGGUCGUCCGCGCUUUUCUCCUGGAAAAGUUCUUUGGCGAUCGUUUCGAAGCAGCUGCCGAGCGGGCAUUCACCAUCGGUAAGAAACGCGGGCUAUACACCGGCAUCUGGGGCGGCAUACACUGCUCCAUCUCACAAUGGCUCGUCGUCGUCAUCUUUACCUUUGGUGUGUUCCUGCUCACCACGGCCGAGAGCGUCAACGUCGGCGACAUCAUCCAGGUUGUCAACUUGUUGAUGUUCACCGUCGGCAGCGCCACCAUGAUGAUGUCCAACAUCCCUCAAAUCGCAGCUGCCCAGGCAAAGGCGGCUCAGAUGCUGCACUUGGCCAAGAUGCCGCGCGACCAUCCGGAUCAGCAGGAGCUGGGCAAGAAGAGGCUUCUCACUCCACUUCCCACCGUCUUCAACAAACUGCGCUUUGCGUACCCCGGCAGAGACCAGCAGGUUUUGCGAAACGUCAGCCUCUCCAUCCCGAGCGAGGGCUGUACAGCAAUAGUCGGCGGUUCGGGCUGUGGCAAGAGCACCAUCGCCGCCUUGAUCUUGGGGCUUUAUGAGCCGCUCUAUGACGACGACCCGAGUCCCACCGGUGGCGCUUCUCCCAAGGCGUCUCGAAAAGGCAACUUCGAGGUAAUCUCUCCGGUGGUGUCCUACCCUCUCGGACCAGUGGCAUCCUCUCCUCUUCCGUCAUUGGUAUACUCUCCUCCGCAAGGCGGUACGAGGGCUAGCUCCCACCGCAGGAGCGGCGAGCUUGGUGCACUCACAUAUGCCGGCUUCGAUGCCCGUGAGAUCUCGACCAAAGCCCUACGCGGCAUGAUGGCAUACGUACCACAACAACCAUUCAUCUUCCCCGGCACCAUUCGAGAAAAUAUCGUAUAUGGCCUUCCUGAGGAUGAGUCAGUGCUCCGAGGACAGCACAACGUUGAACUGGCUGCUCGCGAGGCAGACAUCCACGAGUUUAUCAUUUCGCUGCCCCAGGGCUAUGAGACCCUCGUAGGGGACGGCGGAGUGGCACUAUCCGGAGGCCAGGCGCAGAGGCUGUGCAUCGCAAGAGCCCUCGCCAGACGACCGAAGCUCCUGGUUCUCGACGAACCCACCAGCGCGCUCGACGCCGAGAGCGGCCAGUCGGUCAUGGACACUCUGAGGACCCUGGUCUGCCGCCGGGACGGCGAUCUCAGCACCGCCGCCGCCUCCCCCUUGCUAAGAAAAGCGGGUGGUACCCUCAGCCCCUACAGCCCGCAGCACCCCGACCCGUACAACUGGGAGGGCAACUUCUUCCGCAAGAGCGAGGGCAGGUCCUUCAGCUACGUCCACGGAGCUGCCGCCGGCACACAGCACCGGCAGCCGGCCGUCGUGGUCAUCACGCAUUCGCGCGAGAUGAUGAAGAUGGCGGACCGCCUCGUCGUCAUCGACAACGGCUGCGUGGCCGAGACGGGCACCUAUGAGUACCUGAUGGCGGCGGGCGACAGUCGGCUCGCGGAGCUGCUCGACGGGGGAUACCGUGCGCCGGCGGCCAAGAGCAGCGGCGUGCCGAUGGAAAAUACCACGAGCUUGGAGCCGGUGCCGGUCUCGCCCAGGACCUUGACGAGGGUAGUUUCGCCCUCGCCGGAGCAGUAUCGUCGGAACAACCGCUCAAGCCCCGGGGGUAUUCCGCAGAGGCAGCAGAGGCCGGGGAUGAAUAUGGAGGACAUGUUUUUGCCGCAGGUGGCUUGGCAGGAAGACGAUAGGAGCUGAUAACCCUUAGAGAGUAAUGGAGGAAAGGAUACUUGGAUACCAAGAAUAUGCUAUACGAGCUUGGACAGAAGAGGGCGCCAAGGAGAGGGUAGAAGAGAAGUGUGGCAAAGGUGAAGGCCCACAGGGAAGCCAGCCUCCUGCUACAACUCCAUCUUUUAAAAAUAUCCAAGUAGUUUGACCGAUCUUUCUAGUAAUGCAUAUCAACAUGGGCCAUUACAUCAAAUAAAUAAUGCCUUUUAUUAACUCUACACAUUAUUUCUUUGCAGAAAUUGCA